AUGUCAAGGAAACCAUCCGCAACAGCCACAUCGACAAUAACAAGAGGAGGAGGAAUGUCACGUACAGCUUCAUCAGCUUCAAUAGCAAUGCCCCCCCCUUCACGAAUACCGAAUCGACCUCCUUCAACUGCGUCUCACAGAGAAGAUGGGUCAUCAGAAAGUAGAGCAGGUAGUCCUUCGAAGAGGAACAGGAAACCGAGUGGUCAAUCUAUCAAAGGUAAAGACCAAGGUGGUGGUACCGGCGAGAGUGGUGAGAUCAAUAUACAGGUCAUCGUAAGAUGUCGGGGCCGAUCACAACAAGAAGUAGCAGCUGCUUCACCUGUGAUAACAUCGACUUCAGGAGCGAUAUCAAAAGCUAUCACCAUCGAAACUACACCUCUGACAUCAUCUUCCCUAGCUUCAUUCACUACAGCUUCUUCAUAUGGUGGAUCGCAUCAACCGUCGACAAAGACUUAUCCGUUUGAUAAGGUUUUUGGACCGGAGGCAGAUCAAACGAUGAUAUUCAAUGAAGUAGCGGAAGGAAUGUUAGAUGAGGUUUUAGCUGGUUAUAACUGUACCAUAUUCGCUUAUGGUCAAACUGGAACAGGUAAAACCUAUACGAUGCAAGGCGAUCUCGAGUUGAGUCCCCUUGGCGCGCCCAAAUCAACAGCAGGUAUAGUUCCAAGAGUAUUGCAUCGUCUUUUCUCUUUGUUGGAAUCAGCCAAAAAUACCGAAUUUUCCGUCAAAUGCUCUUAUGUAGAGCUUUACAACGAAGAAUUACGCGAUCUUUUGGCGACAGAAUACAAAGGGGAAUCUUCUUCUCAACAGACAGGAUUGAAAUUGUAUGAAGAUGGUAAAAAAGGUGUUAACAUCCAAGGAUUAGAAGAGGCAGGUGCAAGAAGUUUGAAAGAAGCUUUGACUAUACUCGAUAAGGGUGUAAAGCGAAGACAAACAGCUGAGACAAAAAUGAACACUGAAUCAUCUCGUUCACAUACAAUCUUCUCCAUCACUGUUCACGUGAAAGAAACAUCUAUGAGAGGAGGUGGAGAAGAUCUUCUUCGAAUAGGAAAAUUCAACUUGGUUGAUUUAGCUGGAUCUGAAGCUAUCGGAAGAUCUGGAGCGACAGAAAAAAGAGCACGAGAAGCUGGAAUGAUCAAUCAAUCACUCUUAACACUUGGUCGUGUCAUAUCCGCUUUAGUCGAAAAAGGAAGCCAUAUACCUUAUAGAGAAUCUAAACUUACCAGAUUACUGCAAGAUUCAUUAGGUGGAAGAACAAAGACUUGUAUAGUGGCGACAGUCUCUCCUACCAGAUCGAAUCUCGAAGAAACUCUCUCAACUCUAGAUUAUGCUAUAAGAGCUAAAUCGAUUAGGAAUAGACCAGAAGUCAACGCCCACUUAACAAAGACAGGUCUGCUAAAAGAAUAUGUCGGUGAUAUCGAAAGAUUGAAAAACGAAUUAUUGGCAGCAAGAGAGAAGAAUGGUAUUUAUAUACCCGAAGAACAAUGGAGAGAAAUGCAAGAAUCACAGUCUAGACAAAAAUCAGAUUACGAAGAAGCGAAAUUAAAAGCUGGUGUCAUCGAGGUUGAAUUAGAGACUAUCAAAAAGGAAUUCGAUCAAGUCACAAGUAGAUUCUUAGCUACUUCCGAAGAACUAUCUCAGGUCAGAGAAGCCGAAAGACAGUUGACUGAUCUACUGGAAGAAACUAAAGUGGACUUGGAGAAAGUAAGGGCUGAAUUAGAGGAAGAAGCAAUCGUAUCCAAAGCGUACCAGAAAGGUGAAGAAAGAUUAGAUAACCUAGCUUCUGGAUUGAAGAAAACAGCACAGGAAAGUGUAAGCGACGUUGGUGGUUUAUUCGAUAAACUGGCUCGUAAAGCGAAAGUACUGGGAACGAAUGCCGAUUCAGCUACUAGAUUCGGAGGAGAACUUCAAGGUCUAUCCGAUGAUUUGAGAAACGGUCUUGCUCAGUUACAAUCUGUACAUGAUGGUUUGGGUGAAGAGGUGCAAGGAAAAAUGAAGAAUUACGCUAUGAAAGGGCAGGAAAUAUCUCAAUCGGAUUUACAAAGUCUGGAGAAAUCCUUCUCAGCUUUCUCUGAUCUUGCCAAACGACUUUCUGCUUCCAACGAGAAGGGCCAAAAAGAAGCCUCAGAAUCUAGUAAAGCUAUAUUGGCAUUGAAAGCCGAGGUGCAAAGUAGCGUACAAGAAUGGGCGGAAGGAGUCAGCGAAAGAAGUAGAAGUAUGGUGGAUGAGUUAUUGGAGCAUCAGCAAGAACACUUAGAUACCGUUUCGACCGUCCUCGGAUCAACAGUAAAUCUUGUUGAUGCUGUUUUGACGACUACACUUUCUCACCUAGAAUUUGAGUCUUCUUCCGCUAUUCGAUCAAGGGAUAUCGCACUUCAAGCUUCAUCAUCUGAAAUCAGUCGACUUCAAUCGCAGAACAUCUUGUUGAUAAAUCUACUAGCGGAUGAAAAAGCGAAAUCUGCCAAACUCAGAACAGAAUUAGUAGGCAACGUCACUAGGAUGAUAGAAGGAUUCACUCAGCAACAAGAUGAAAGCUGGACCAACGCAAUUGGCAUAGUUACUAACGAAAAUCAACUGGCUGUUGGACAGAUGCAAGUCUUCAGCGAAGAAGUUACGAGAUCUCACGUGGAUGGUGAGAGGAAGAGAAAAGAUAUAGAAGAUGAGAUGAAUAUCGGUAAAAGCACGAGUGAGAAGCAAAGACAUUUAGGUGAAGAGGCUUUGGGUAAUGUGAAACAAGGUCUUCGAAUGAGAUUGGAAGAAUAUGGUGUUGAAACCACUUCGAAAGCUGAAUCACAAGUCAAGGUGAUUGAUGGAUAUUGCAACAAAUUGAACAAGACCGCUUCAGAUGUCUCAGGAAAAGCGAUGUCAAGAGGAAAGAAACAAUCAGAUUUGUUAUCUGCCAUAUCGAAUAACGUUUCUCAGACUCAUCAAUCAUCCAAAAUCAGGUUGAAUAGGUUAUCCGACGAAAUUGAGGAUUUAUCAUCUACAUUACUUGCUUCGUCAUCAACGGCAUCGGCUUCAUUCACUCAAUCACAUCAAUCUGCAUCAGAUAAGUUACAACAGAUUAUCAUAUCGACUAGUCAGUUCCUCGAAAGAGGUAUACAAGAAGAUAUAUCUACUGGUAUCACACCUAGAAAGAAGGUAUACAACGUACCUAAUUCAUGGGAAAGAACAGGUACUAGAGAGGCUGUUCUGGCCCAUUGGAGGAAAAGACAGUUGCAGAAUGGUGCAAAUGGAAAUUCCGAUCAGACAGAUGAACAAGAUGACUAUCGUGUGACGAACUCAGCUCAAUCUGAAGAAGGUAUCGUUGUGAUAAAUGACGAACAAACUGAAGAAGCUGGUCAUAAUGAAGAAGGAAACGAUGAAGACUUUUCAUCAAGAGAAUCAACCUCAUCAUUGAAUGUUCAGAUACCAUUACCACAAUUGACAAGAUCGAUCUCAUCGUCAUCAAAAGAAAUAUCAGUUCCUUCUUCAAAUAAUCAAUACAUACAACAACAACCUGCAAAAUCACUAUCCUCAAGCCAAUCUCAAUCGUUACGUCAACCAUCGAAUUCAGGAUUACCGAUAAAAGCAGGGAAAACAAUGAAUGCUCAUCAAUCGUAUAAUAAUAAGAAAUUAAGUGGUAAUGGCGUAAAUCCAUUAAUGGAUGAAAGACCGACAAUGACUGUCUUAGGUGAAGGUGUAGGUGUAAACGUUCCCAGACGUACAGGUAGAAGAUGA